ACCAAAGUAAUCAGAGUAACCAUGGUAACAUCACCAGCUUCACCACAAUGCUAAAGGUUGGUGCUUUUAGACGGGACGGAGGGAAGCUGGCGCUGACGGCCGUGGCGCUGCAGGAUCACAUCAGCCGGAGCGUACCGAGCCUUCAGCGCCCGUCCGUAUCGCACGCCACGCGUCCCAGACCGACACGCCCACGCAGAGAGGACGGAGAGACGGGAGAGGAACAGGAGUACGUUCUGGACCCGGGGCCUCCCCCUCUCACUCUGGCUCAGAAGCUGGGCUUAGUCGCAGCUCCCCGCAGACGGCUGACGGCGGACGAGUGGACGGAGGCGAAGUCGCGCUCCAUACAGGAAGGAGACUCCGCCCAGCCCUGCGCCAUCUGCGCCGACGACUUCCGCCUCCAGCCGCAAGUUCUGCUCUCCUGCUCUCACGUGUUUCACAAGGUGUGUGUGAGGUCGCUGGAGCGCUUCUCAGGCAGGAAGUGCUGUCCGCUCUGCAGGGCGGAGCCGUACGAGGCGCGGGUGAUACACGACGGGGCCCGACUCCACCGAGAGAAGUGUGCCGUCAGGUACCAUCACUUCGGAAUCCAGGCUCGCUGGCGAGGCCACGCGGUGAGAAAGUGGUACAGGGGCGUGACGAAACGGGUCCCACCGAAAGACCCCCGUCUGAGACGCCGAUUCUUCGAGGAGAAGUUCUCAGAGCUGAACGAGAGGUUGGUGCAGUCCUGCUCCACCGACGUGGAUUCGUUCCUGCGUCAGAUCGACCUGAGCGUCGCCUCCAGCAGGAGCGCCGUAAGUCACGUCCACGACCAGCACACGACUGUCCGGGUAUCAGGGGAAGAGGAGUGGACGCAGGUCCAGGAGAAGGCGGAGCGGCGAGGCGUCCACGACUGUCCCAUCUGCCUGACCCCGCUGAGCUCCUCCUCCAAACCGCUGCUCCUGCUGUCCUGCUCCCACCUCUUCCACCAGUCCUGCCUCCGAGCCUUCGAGAGCUUCUGCCAGGAGGGCGGCGCCACCUGCCCGCUGUGCCGCCGCCUCUACAGGGCCGUCCCUGCUCGGCUCCACAGCUACGACGACCGGCGGCCGACCAGUCAUUCACAAAACAUAAAUAAAUAAAAUAAAUAAAUAACAUCAA